UUUUAGUAGGCAGCUGGGAUGACCUUCAUGCCUUGGUGUGAACCUGCUGGAAAUAUAUACUCUUGGCACUCACUCCUAGCAUUCUUUGCUUAUGCCUGCUAGGAACACACCAUCACCAUGAUGAUUUAGCACAGCAGGACCUUGCGGGGGCACAGCAAGAUUUGGGGGCAGCUCUCUACCUAACCUUUUAGAUUCUUUCAAUUUAAAGAACCUUAAAUGGGAAGCUGGUGGCAUGUAAAGUAAAUAGCCAGUCUCUAGAAUUGUCUUUAUUUACACUAAUACCCUUGUGUCAUGGAGGCUAUAUGGCACCUAUUUUGUGAUAGCACCUUAUCCAUGCUCUCCACAUUCCAAAUGAGUACUCAAGAAUGUUGCCUGUUCAUGCCACAAGCAAGGCCGUGCAGCAAAAAUACUCUUAAGCUAUGCAGGUUUUGCAAUCUAAGCUAACCACAGGGAUGGCACUGAAAGUAACUUGCUGUGCCUGAAUACAACUUAAGUUUUAUUGUACAUAAUAUUUGCUUUUUUUUUUUUUUUAAUGAAUCCUUAUUCUGGAUACAGUGAGCCCAGAAGUAAGUUUUCAAGUGUGAAUUAAUGAACAAAUAGAAGCUGCCUAAACUUUUGGCAUAAUUCUGUAAACAAUUAUCUUGCCCUGUACUGGGGACAAUAAUUUUGAUUGGGGAAAUAAGAGAACAUUGGUCAAAGAAACGUAUAAUUGUCCAUUAGUUGUGAUGUCACCCUAUGAGACAUCUCAUUAAAAUGGUUUCUUGUUUCUGAGCCUUGAUAAUAAUCUAACAAGCAGGUCAAGUGAAUGGUAAAAUGAGUUCUACUAUGACACUAUGCCUCUGUUUCCAUGAGUUUUAUUAUAGUUCCACUACAAUUUCCAUUCUUCUUCUAAGAAAAAAUCUCGUUGUACACAUUAGAGAAAUAGGCUUUUUAAAAAAAUUCAAAACCUGUUCUGUUUUUGUAUACUUUAACGUUUUAGCUGAAAGAGCCAUGGAUUGUUGGCAGAGAAUACAUAAGAGUGGGUGGAUUUUUCCCACUGUGGUCCUUUGUAUAUAUGGCUUCUUUACCAUGAUGAGACCAUCUGAGCCUUUCCUUACACCUUACCUUGCUGGACCUGAAAAAAAUCUGACUAUCGAUGAGGUAACACAGCAUGUUUUCCCAGUUUGGACAUACUCCUAUUUGGCCCUGCUCUUCCCUGUGUUUCUGAUUACAGAUUAUGCACGCUACAAACCUAUAAUUAUUCUACAGGGAAUUAGCUUAAUUGUUACUUGGCUGUUGCUUUUAUUUGCAUCUGGCAUAUCAGCCAUGCAACUGGCAGAGUUUAUGUAUGGACUUUCAACAGCCACAGAGGUUGCCUAUUAUGCUUACAUAUAUAGCGUUGUCAGUGCUGAUCAUUACCAGAAAGUGACUGGUUAUUGCAGAAGCAUCACCCUGGUGGCAUCCACCAUGGGAUCCCUGCUUGGACAGCUUUUAGUUUCUUUAGGCCAAGUUCUUUAUUUUUAUCUCAAUGCCAUAACUUUAGCUUCUGUGUCGGUGGCAUUUAUAUCUUCAUUUUUUCUGCCCAUGCCACAAAAAAGCAUGUUCUUCCACAGAAAGUCUUCCCCAGAACUUUCCAUUGGACCAACAGAGAAAAAUCCAACACAAAUUUCCAACCAACAAAGCAAUCCACAGGACAAAGAUGUGACAAUAUCAUCAGUCAGGACCCAGAAUUUACCUGAACAUCAGCCAUCCAAAAUUAAAAACCAGAGCCACUUUCUGUCAGUGCUUUUGCAGUUGUGUGUGGACCUGAAGGAAUGUUAUACCACCAAGAAACUUCUUUACUGGUCAAUAUGGUGGGCUUUAGCUACUGCAGGAUUUAACCAAGUUUUGAAUUAUAUCCAAGUACUGUGGGAUGAUAAAGCACCUACUCAUAGUUCUGAAGUUUACAAUGGAGCUGUUGAAGCCAUAGCUACAUUUCUGAGUUCAGUAACAUCACUAGCUGUGGGAUAUGUGAAACUGAACUGGGAUCUAACUGGAGAACUGGCACUGGGAAUCUUCUCUGCCCUGGAUGCUACUGCACUUAUUCUGAUGCAUUUUACCAGGAACAUUUGGAUCUGCUAUGCCAGCUAUUUAGUGUUCAAAGCAUGUUAUAUGCUCCUUAUAACCAUAGCCACAUUCCAGAUUGCUAUCAGCCUCAGCAUGGAACGCUAUGCCUUGAUGUUUGGCUUUAACAAUUUUGUUGCACUGCUAAUUCAAACUAUACUGACUGUUAUUGUGGUUGAUUCAAAAGGUCUGGGCCUGGAUAUUGAGACUCAGUUCUUAAUAUAUGGCAGUUACUUUGCAGUGAUAGCUGGGAUUUUUCUAAGCAGAAGCAUUUACAUUAUAAUAUCAAUGAAAUGCCAAAAGGAAAGCCCUACAGAAAAUCUUCAAAUGGAAGCACAAUGGCAGAGUACAGAGGAUCAUAGCACAAAACUAUAGCACCUUAAACAAAAGUUGCCUUGAAGCCAAACUGAACAAGUCAUUUAUUUGAAUAAAGAAAUCAAUCCCUCUGUGAGUUUGUCAAGUCACAAAUUGCACAUAGAAUUGUUGUCUAUUGUUAUGAUUUGAAAUACUGUGGUUAUGACAUUACUGUAUUAGAAAAUCAGCAUUCUCAAGGUAUCCAAUCUAACAGAAGAUUAUAUUCUAUUUGAAAUGAGAAAGAAAUGUUGAUUGCAUGUGAUGAAUUAUUUGUAAUUACCAUUAAAAUACUUCUUUACAAUACCAUUCAGUUCAUGAAAAUUGAAAGUAUUUUCCCUGCAUUCAAAGAUUCACACUGGCUGCUAAUUGUUUCUGGGUUUGGUUUAAGAUCUUGGUGUAACUUUUAUAGCUCUCCAGAUAUUGCUAUGCACUUGGCUGGGGCAAGGCAUUUUGAAGAUGCCUCCAGCUGUGGAGGCCAUUUUAUAGAGUAUGAAAUAUAGUCUACUUCUCUGUCUUCAACUAUGGGUAACAUUCCCUCAGGAAUUGUGACUAGUCUUCACUCUCUGUGAGGAUUCAUGUCCUGCCUAGUUUUUUGAAGAGUUGGUGUUUUGUUUUGACUUUAUGGUUAAGUUCAGGUAUUUUAUUCAAUCUUUAUUAUAAGCUGCCCAGAGAACUUUGUUCACUAGGGAUGUGAAAUAGAUGCCAAAGUAUUGUGGGCAGAGAACAACUGGUUUUGAAUGGUUCAUACUUGAACAGAAAUGUUCAUUUUGGAGUUUUUGGGCAAUAUACAGAAUGAAAGAGGCUGGUUUGAUCUGAAUAAAGACUGAAACAUGAUUGCCCUAAGAUGAAGUGUUCAGAGGACAGUAAGAGAAAGUCAACACGGGGGAAGAGGGGUUUGCUUGGUAACUGCAUAUGCCUGUAACAGUGCUGGUGAUGGAAGGGAACAAUGGAAGAUAAAAAGGGAGAGUCCAGCUCCUCAUAUGGCAAGGGAGGUCCAGCACAAUGUCAGUGCCAUAGACAGCCCACCCACUCCUCUUUUUCACCAUGCAGACAUUGGGAGCAGCUGAGGAGAGGAGAGACCCUGGAAAGAUCAGAAGCACACAGCCAGGGGGAUUUGGUGCACUAGGAACUGCUGAAAUAUCUGUUAGAAACAGGCACACAGGCAGUGGCUGAGAAAAGGCAGGACAGGUUGGUGGGUAAUGCUAUGCCGGGAGCUGCCUGGAGAACACUGCAGAACUUCUAGAAUGUGGUUUGUUUGGGGUUCAAAGCAGAACAGAUUUUGUUUCAUGCUCAGUCCUAUAAUUAACUUAAGCCUUGCUUAAAUUUUUUAAUAAAGACUGUAGUAAAUGAGAAAGAAGAGUCAGGUUAUUUUAAUGCAAUAGAAUUUGUCUGCUUGUGUACAUGUGUUUUUUCAGGUCAGGGUUACUUUGUAUGCAUAUACUGAUUUGAGAUUAAGGUAGAUACAUAAUGUAUUAGGGUGUAUUGGACU